UGAAUCUCUGAGUAUACCGUAGCUCAAUACAAUCAAACAAAGCUUCUUCAGUUACUUGCCUAGUUUUAUUUUUAUCUCUCUUCAGAAACCUUGGGUGGCUCGCUCUUUGUUCUAGCUAUUAUCAGAGGUAGCUGUAGAGCAAAAACAGUUUUGCUUCAUUAUUUUGUAAACACAGAGUUUUUGCAAUGGAUAGAGUAAGAGACUUGGCAUCAACUAGGGCUGCAGUUAUCUUCACCAAGAGCUCAUGUUGCAUGUGCCAUAGCAUCAAGACACUUUUUUACGAGCUUGGUGCGAGCCCUGCAAUUCAUGAGCUCGACCAUGACGCCAAUGGCAGGGAAAUGGAGUGGGCUUUGAGAGGCCUAGGAUGUAAUCCUUCAGUCCCAGCUGUGUUCAUAGGUGGAAAAUAUGUAGGCUCAGCAAAAGAUGUUUUAUCCCUACACUUGGAUGGCUCGCUGAAGCAAAUGCUCAUAGAUGCUAAGGCAAUUUGGUUCUAGUGCAUGAUAUGAAACAACUAUGUAUAAUAAUACUACUUCAUGCUGUAGUAAUAUGUAGCUCUAAUACCAUGUUGAGAACGAUGUUGUAUUAGGCGCUUUGCUUUUUGUUUCCCUGACUACAUUGUAUGCAGAAUGUAAUACUUUUAUCAAAUUAGACUAUGGAGUUCCUAGCUAUAUGUACUCGUUAACUUAAUCUAGUGCAUGCAGGCCGGAUUGGCUCCUGCUUAGCUAGCACUAGACAUCAUAAAUCUGUAAUCAUGGUCUAGGUUCCUAAGAAUUUCACCCCGACCAGGCACAAUCCAGGAGAAUUCUCCCUUGAGAAUCUAGCAGAAUUUUGCUUCAUCAGUUGCUCAUGUAAAGUAAUAAUCAGAAAUAUUCUCAAAGAAACUUAUCCAUUACAAUUGCUAAAAGUGAUACCCUGCUAUUUCAUGAAGUGAAAAUUGCGAAUAGUUUGCAGAACUCCUCCCCACAACCAUCAACUCAUAGAAAAAGCUUGUGGAUAUAUAUAUAUAUAUAAUGGUGCAGAUGCUUUUUUCUUCUUUCCUUUUCUCUUCCUUCUAUGUUUUUUAAUUUAUUUUCUCAUUCCCCCUUCCCCUAACUUCCCUUUUUAGUCUUAAGUUUUAGAGUUUGAUCUUAAAAUAAUGUUUGAUUGGUCUUGUCAAUGCCAUAUUAAUUAGUCUAGUUAUAAGCUCCUAAGCAAUUUUUUUUUUUUUAUAUUGGUGAUUGAGACGUUUGCAUAUUAGCUGAUUCAGGGAAGGCACAAAAAGGUGAUUCUAAAAUUUUUCAUGCCUCCCAUAUGUAUUCUUUCAUAUCCACAUUACUUUUUCCUCGUGCCUAAGAAUAUGACACGCAUGCACAUAUGUAUAAUGCAUAUGAACACUUGUUUGUAUGAUCAUCAGCAUACAUUAAUACAUGCAUGCACAUAAAGAAAUGCAGGAUAUAUAAGAUAUAUGCACAGUAAUGUCCAAUUUUGGAUUUGUACGUACGUGUGGGUUUUAUUCAUGCACACGUGAGAGAGCACUCUCAGCUGGUUGGAGUAUACUAUAAUAUAUAUGCAGUAGUGCCAUAUAGAGCUCCCUCACUCAAAUAUGCUUGUGCGCGUACGUGGGAGGAUGGAAUCAUGCAAGUUGGUGGGCGCGACAGAAAAGAAUCCCAGCUAGCCACCGAAAGCCAUCUCAUUCAUUCCCAAAGGAUUCAAAGAAGGUGAUUGUAGGAAUCUGCAAAAAUUGACUACCCCUUUGAGAAUUUUUCGUUUUCUCUCUACUUUUGUUGUGCCUUUCUAAUUUUCCUUUAAAUCUGCACGAGCCAGAACUAACGGUCAAUCUGGAAGCAUUACUAAUUAACUUCAAUUUUUUAUGCUUCCACCUCGUAGAAGAAAGAAAAUAGGCUUAUGGAAGUCAAUGCGAAAACUUGAAUAGAGCUGAAGAUUUUUUUUUUUUUUUUUUUUUUGGGUUUGCAACUUGCUCAGCCCAUGGUAUAGCGCAGUAGUCUUUAAUUAUCCUUUUACAUGUAACUUUCAUCAACUUGGGCAUCUAAGUAAUAAAGUUCCCCUACUUUUGAAUCUAUGUUCUUGUUCAAACAAAGGACUCCAAUACUCCAUGCUAAAGUUAUCCCUAUAAAUAGUCUAGCAUUAGGGCAUAAGUUCAAAACAGCCUUGAGCUCUAAAAUUCCUUCCUUUUUUUCCCUAUCUUGCCAGUCCACUUUCCUUUGAAUACCUUCCAUCUUCACAUUACCAUCGGAUCGAGUUCUAUCUCAGAAUUCGAGCUGAGAGUGUUGAGGUUCUGAUUGAACUCUAAGGCAAAAGAUCAGACCUCACUCUCUCUCUCUCUCUCUCUCUCUCUGCAUUAAGUAGAGACUAAGGAGACAUUUCUAAUCAUGGAAAAGGUGAUGGGACUGGCCUCAGAGAAGGGAGUUGUAAUCUUCAGCAAGAGCUCUUGUUGCAUGUGUUAUGCAGUGAAGAUACUAUUUCAAGGAAUUGGAGUGGACCCUCUGGUUUAUGAGAUUGACCAAGACCCUGAAGGCAGAGAAAUGGAAAGAGCUCUCAUGAGGAUGGGGUGUAGUGCUCCUGUACCAGCUGUGUUCAUUGGUGGAAAGCUGAUAGGAUCUACCAAUGAAAUCAUGUCACACCAUCUAAGUGGCACCCUCAUUCAAAUGCUCAAGCCAUACCAGACUUUAUCUUAAAUACACUACUUCAAAUUAUUCACUCUCCACAUAAUAAAAUUGGCUUGAUUUAGUACGUAGUCUUCAGCGUGCUCUGUAUCAAUUAGUAUGCAUAGCUGUUUGUGUUAAGUAUUUCUUAGCUUUUCAUUAUUAGCUAUUGUGUAACGUGUUCUCUCUUGUUAAUGAAGCUAGCUUUAUAUA